AUGUCCACCAAACCCAUUACAAGAGUUGCCAUUGUUGGGGCCACCGGUCAUAUCGGCCAAAUCUUCGCUCAGUCGCUUCUGGAAACUGGCCAGCAUACAGUCACAGCUCUCACUCGCGAAGAUAGUCAGGGAAAACUUCCAGAUGGAGUUCAAACCGUCCAAGUUAACUACGAGGAUGAGGACUCAAUUAUCAAGGCCUUGAAUGGACAACAAUUCCUUGUUAUUACUCUCAGCGUCCAAGCCCCUGAAGACCUUCAUGGUCGGAUUACCGCAGCUGCCGGAAAAGCCGGUGUCCCCUACAUCAUGCCCAAUGUGUACGGGUACCCUGUCAGCUCCGAGGACGCGGAAGACGAUCCAUUGAGAAAGGCCAUGCUCAAUCGAGUACAUGAAGCUCAAAAUGGUGUCUCAUCCUCUGUGACAAUGCCGUGUGGUGUCUGGUACGAAUGGAGCCUGGCAUGCGGCGAGCAAUGGUUUGGAUUCACGAUUAACGACCGGAAGGUGACCUUUUUUGAUGAUGGUACUCGAACCAUCACUGUCAGCACUUGGAACCAAUGCGGUCGCGCACUGGCCGCUCUCGUGAGCCUGCCAGAGUCGGGGUCAACCCCCGCGCUUGCCGACUUCAAGAACAAGGAAGUCCUGAUCAAUAGCUUCCGCGUCUCGCAACGCGAUAUGCUCGACAGUCUGCAUCGUGUCUUGGGAACUACAGACUCUGACUGGGAGAUCCGUCGCGAGAGUGUCGCUAAGCGUCUUGCAGACGGCGCCGAGGAGCUGGCUAAGGGUGAUUUUACGGGGUAUCCUAAGAUGAUUUAUGGAAAUAUAUUUUCACCGACCAAAGAUGCAAGCGAUUAUGCAAGGACAAUGGAAUUGGCAAAUGAUAUUUUAGGACUACCUAAGGAGGACUUGGAUGAAGCAACGAAGAGGGCGGUCGAUAUGGUGGCUGGAGGAUGGGUUCCAUUUCCCGGAAUGUGA